AUGACUUCUAGUGGACCUCCGCAGGAUGCUUAUGAUCAACCCCAAAACAAUACAUCCCACGCUGUGCAAACUUUCCCACAACAGCAGCAACCUACAGAAACCGCACCGCUUAAUCAGGAAUGGACAAUGCAGCAGUUUGAGGAAGACGGAAGCGGCAGUUUUGACCACCAACUUCAUGAUGCAUUUGCUCGAUUUCAGGCGUCUAUGCGUGCAUGUCAGAUCGCCAUUGCUGACGGACGGUGCUCAGACGCCAGCUCGAUACUCUACCAUGUCACCGAAUGGGUCGUCCAAAAUGCAGAACGGCUUGGACUGACCACAGAUGAUGCCGAGCUAUAUGAUCAACGUUUUUCGUUCUGGCGCGAUUUGAACGACAAUUGGUCCAAUCUUUUCCACCGGAAUGUCGGGUUGCUCUCCGACAACCACGCUCCAGUGGGCACGCAAAGGCUGAACGAAAUGCAGCUCGGAAACUUGGGACAACAUAUCAUCCGCUGGUCUGAUAUACUUGAAAGAUUUGGACUUGUGGAUUAUGAUCUCGGGCUGCAGGAAGACAGGUGCUUGAAAGCAAUUGAGGCGUGUUUCGACCAAUGGAGAGCAUACUGGGCACACUUGGGUGUGGUGACUGAUUGA